CCUGCCCAGGGCUACAUGGCGCACCCCCAGCCCUACCUGCUCCCCUCCCAGGCCUCCCCUUCCCAGUCGGCCCCCUCCAUCCCUCCCCCAGCCAAGCCAUCGCAGGCCCAUUUCCCCCCACCCCAGACGUCUUUGCCCCUGCCCGCUGCCGCCCCGCUGGAGGCCACGCAGGGUGCUGCCAAGGAGGCCAGUGGGACCGAGCAGCCAGACCCUUCCACCAUGACUCCCCAGGAACAGCAGCAGUACUGGUACCAGCAGCACCUGCUUAGCCUGCAGCAAAGGGCAAAAGCCCAUGCUCAGGGACAGCAGCAAAUGAAAGGUCCGGCAGUGAAGGAUGCAUCUGAGCAGAGAGCAAAGUCUGAAGAAGGGAAAAUGAAUGCUUCAGCUCAGCAGUCUGAAGCUCCUCCGCUUAAUGAAUCCCUGCCUCCGCCUUCCAAAGAAGAUGAGUCUUCUCUUACAUCCACUGAAACUCAGCUCAAUAUUGAACCUCCCGAUGACCCUGAGGAAGAUUUGAGAUUGCAGCAGUUGCAAGCAGCAGCAGCUCAAUGGCAGCAGCAUCCUCAACAGCGGGUUGGAUUUCAGUAUCAGAGAAUAAUGCAGAAGCAUGCCCAGCUGCAGCAGAUAGUACAGCAGUAUCAGCAGAUCAUGCAACAGCCUCCACAUUUGCAGACAAUGUCAGUGGACAUGCAGCUGCGACAUUAUGAGGCACAGCAAAAACAGUUCCAGCAGCUUCAUAAAGAUUGGGAGCGAUCAAUGAACCAACAGUGGCAGCACCAGCUUCAAACCUACCCUCACAAAGACCAGCUUCAAGAGUAUGAGAAACAGUGGAAAGCAUGGGAUGAACAGAUGAAGGUCACUCAGUCCCAUCUGCAGGAGAAGGUGAACUCACUCCAAAACCUGAAGAAUCAGUAUCCUGCAAAUGUUUCGCUGCCACCUCCAUUUGUUCCAUAUUCUCAAUCCACUCAAAGUGGCAUUCCUAUUAUGCCUCCAGCUUUACCUUCAACAACACCUCCACUGGUCCCCCCACCCCUCUCUUCUGUUUCUCAGUUAUCUAAUUCCUCUGUCCCUUCAGGAUCCAGUUCUCAAAGCAGUCAAUCUACUGAGACGCCAAGGCCGGCUCUGCUUCCCACCCCUGGUACCUAUGCAUCAAAAAUGGGUAGUUCAACCGUCUAUUCACCUUAUCAUUCUCAAGUAAGUUCAUCCUAUGGCUCUUCAGACCACGGGAAGUCUCAAGUUCAUCUUGGUAAACAAACUGUCUCCGUUUCGUCUGAGCAAGGAUGUGGGGAACUGAAAGCCACUUCUGCAGUGUCUUCAACACAUGCACCUACCAUGCAGGAUAAACCAGUGAGGUCAGGUGGAUUGCUUCCAGAUCCUCCCAGAUCAGCGCGUUUUGAAGGCCCCAGAGGCCCUAGAUUUGAUGGACCUCGGGGAAGAGGCUAUGACAAAUUUGAAGGCUCAAGACAGAGAGGACCUCGUUUUGACUCCCAGCGCUCAGAAGGAUACAGGUCACGUUUUGACCGACAGAACACGGAUGGACAGUCUUCGAGUAGAUGGGGGACUAUCCCACGAGGACCAGCAGCACAAUUUUAUACUUCAACAAAUGCAUCACAUGGACACGGUUCCCGACCUAGUGGUCCACGGUGGAGGGGACCCAGACCUCAUUUGGGGCAGCAGCAGCAACAGCAGUCACAGACAGACUCACAGUCAGAAAAUAAAGAGUCUUUUACAGAGGUGGCUGGCAAUCAGCAGACUGUAAGCAGAACGCAGUCUACUCCCGAUGCACAGAGUGCAGGUCCCAUUGAGCCAAGUGAGGACCUGACAGACACUCAACAGGAACCAUCCAAACCUGAAGUCAAAGAAACUACUUCGGACCCUCCUAAAAAGUGGACGUGGAGUUCACAUGAUCCUAACCAGAAAGUAGAAGAGUCCAAAGCACCUACUCCACCUAUUCAGAACCAGAAAUCAACAUCCCUUUCUAGUAACCCUGUAGCUUUGCAAUCGGACAUCGCAAGAACAGGUGGUGCGGUAACUCCUGUAACAGGAAAUCAGGAUUUGGAUACACCGGACGACCAGUUGAUUGCUUCAGAUAGCACCCAGGGCCUACCUGGACCAGAAGGCAGAGGGAAAGGGCAAUUUAUGCAUGAAGAUAGAGGCAAGGGACCAGUAAGCAGAGGAAGGGGCCAGGGCAGACUGGAUGAUGGCCGUGGCAGAGGGCAGGGGGAUGGCCGUGGCUGGGGAAUGGGCCGUGGCCGGGGAAUGGGAAGGAUGGAUGGUGGCCGAGGGAUGGGAAGGAUGGAUGGUGGCCGGGGGAUGGGAAGGAUGGACGGCGGUUGGGGAAUGGGCAGGAUGGAUGAUGGCCAUGGCCGGGGAAUGGGCAGGAUGGAUGAAGGCCGUGGCAGAGGAUAUGUGUACAGAGGCAGAGGGCAGGCCAGGCAGGCAUCCAUCCGUGGCAGGGGAAUGUUCAGAAGAGCAGGCAGCAGGGAGAGGAUGCCAGACAGGCGGUCGGGCAGCAGGGAGAGGAUGCCAGAUGGGCGGUCUGGCAGCCGAGACAGGGGGCUGGGUGGACGGUCAGAUAGCCAUGAGAGGGUGUUCUCUAGCCGAGACAGAGAGCUGGCUGGGCGAACAGGUGGCUGGGACAGAGGCCGGGCAGGUAGCCGGGAGAGAGGCCCAGUCAGGAGGGCAGGUAGCCGGGAGAGGGAGCCCAUGCGGCGGGCGGGCAGUCGGGAGAGGGAACCCAUGCGGCGGGCAGGCAGUCGGGAGAGGGUCCCCAGGAGGCGGGCAGGCAGUCGGGAGAGGGUCCCCAGGAGGCGGGCAGGCAGUCGGGAGAGGGUCCCCAGGAGGCGGGCAGGCAGUCGGGAGAGGGGCCCCAUGAGGCGGGCAGGUAGCCGGGAGAGGGGCCCAGUCAGACGGGCAGGUAGCCGGGAGAGGGGUCCCAUCAGGAGGGCAGGUAGCCGGGAGAGGGAAGCAGGAAGAUCUGAAACAGGCAACAUGGAUAAACCCAUUCACCUAGGAGAUGACCCUGACAAAUUGCCUCCGUACCAUCGAGAUGACACACUGAGGGGUUCUUGGGGUCAUGAAGAUGAUGCAAUGCAAGAGGAAUUUCCUUUAGAUAGUCAAGAUGACCCUUCUUUGGAGCAUGAGCAGUUGGAUGACUGGGAAAGAGAACGAUACUGGAGAGAUCACAACUCUGAUUAUCAAGAUGAUUCUGUAGAUGCAUAUGACAGAGAUGACAGGUUGCAAUCCCACCAUUCAUUGCCUCCUUUAUCUCCCCUACCACCACUACCUCCUUUAUCAUCUGAUCAUGACAGAAGAGAUUCAUGGUGGGAUGACUGGAAAAGGCCCAGAGAGAGAGAACUAGAGAGAGAUCUAGAUAGGACUGGAAGAUCCUCAGACGUUUAUGAUCAAGAUUUAGACAGAGAAUGGGAUAGAGACUGGGACAUGAGACCUAUGGAUGACAGAGAAGUGGGGAAUCGUGACCUGGAUAUCCCUCCUCUACCACCAUUACCACCUCUUCCACCUCUGGACAGAUACCGUGAAGAUAGGUGGAGGGACGAUAGGAAUAGAGAUCAUUAUGACAGAGACUUCCGAGACAGGGGAGAGCUAAGGAUUCGAGAGUAUCCAGAGAGAUACGACACAUGGCGGGAGAAGCAAGACUACCUUCCUGAAAGGACUGAUUGGGAGAGGGAACGGUUGUCAGAUAGAUGGUAUCCAGAUGAUGGAGACAGAAUGCGGUCUUUGGAUGAUCAUUCAGAUUCGUCCCUUCCUCCACCUUCACAUUCCUCUGAUAUGCUGGGAGCAGAUUCAAACCUGGACUCUGACCAGUCGUUGGGAGGAGUGAUGGUCCUUAGCCAAAGACAGCAUGAGAUAAUUCUGAAGGCUGCCCAGGAGCUCAAAAUGCUUCGAGAGCAAAAAGAACAGCUACAGAAGUUGAAAGAGUUUAAACCUGACAUUUCCACACAAGACUCUCCUAGAUCACAGAACACAAGCACAAGGCCGGGUGCCUUCCAGGAACGCUGGGAUGAGGAUUCUUUCCAUGGACUCUGGGAUACAAAUGAGGAUAAAGGAGCAAAUAUGGAGUAUGAGUUGUGUAAACAGGAGUCAAUGAUGCCUCCACCCGUCUCCUCGCCUGUGAAAGUACCUGCCGUUCACACCUCCGUUCCGCCAGCUGUACCAGUGUCUCUUCCUCCAGUUAUUCCACCGGUUCCUAAAGCACCCGUAAUUCAGCAAACUGUGGAUUAUGGCCACGGGCGAGAUAUAACCACCAGUAAAGUGGAACAGAUUCCAUAUGGGGAGAGGGUAACCCUGCGUCCAGAACCUUUACCGGAGAGGCAAACAUUUCAAAAAGAGCACCCGGGUCGUUACAACAGAGAAAGAGAUCGUGAGCCUUAUUUUGAGCGUCAGGGUAAUUCCAACACAGAUCAUCGGGAUUUCAAGAGAGAGCGGGAAUUGCACAGAGACCGCGGUUCUGUGGACUAUGAACGAGAGAGAUUUGACAAAGAGCGGCAUCCCCGAGAUGAUAGGACUCAGUCUUACCGUGACAAGAAAGACCAUCCUUCCUCCAGGCGAGGUGGUUUUGAAAGACCACCAUAUGAACGAAAGACAGAUCGUCCAGCGUAUGAUCAUGGACCUUCCAUGUUUGGAGGUGAUCGUAGAAAUUACCCUGAGGAAAGAAUUCCUAUUUCUGCUCCAUCAAUGCCUCGUCAGCCACCACCUGCUCCACGAGUGGAAAGGAAGCCAGAAUCUAAAAAUGUAGAUGAUAUUUUGAAGCCACCAGGACGGGAUAGCAGGCCGGAGAGAAUUGUAAUCAUAAUGAGAGGGUUGCCUGGCAGUGGAAAGACGCAUGUAGCAAAGCUCAUCAGGGAUAAAGAAGUAGAAUGUGGAGGACCUGCACCAAGAGUGCUCAGCUUGGAUGACUAUUUUAUCACUGAAGUGGAAAAAGAAGAGAGAGACCCAGACACAGGGAAAAAAGUGAAAAAGAAGGUGAUGGAGUAUGAAUAUGAAGCUGAUAUGGAAGAGACCUAUCGUACCAGCAUGUUUAAAACUUUCAAAAAGACCUUGGAUGAUGGCUUCUUCCCCUUCAUUAUCCUUGAUGCUAUCAAUGAUAGAGUGCGACAUUUUGAACAGUUUUGGAGUGCUGCAAAAACCAAAGGUUUUGAGGUGUACUUAGCUGAAAUGAGUGCGGAUAACCAGACGUGUUCCAAGAGGAAUAUUCAUGGACGCAAGCUAAAGGACAUCAGCAGGAUGUCUGAUCACUGGGAGGCAGCACCACGUCACAUGAUGCGCCUGGACAUUCGUUCUCUAUUGCAGGAUGCUGCUAUCGAAGAGGUGGAGAUGGAGGAUUUUGAUGCAAAUAUUGAAGACCAGAAAGAAGAAGUCAAGAAGGAUACAGCAGAGGAGGAAGAAAGUGAACUGGGUUACAUUCCGAAAAGCAAAUGGGAGAUGGACACUUCUGAGGCAAAGCUAGACAAGCUGGAUGGUUUGCGGACUGGCACUAAAAGGAAACGUGACUGGGAAGCAAUUGCCAGCAGAAUGGAAGAUUAUCUACAGCUUCCAGAUGACUAUGACACACGUGCUUCUGAACCUGGAAAGAAAAGGGUGCGGUGGGCAGAUCUAGAAGAAAAAAAAGAUGCAGACAGGAAAAGGGCUAUUGGUUUUGUUGUUGGACAAACAGAUUGGGAGAAAAUAACAGAUGAAAGUGGUCAUCUUGCUGAGAGAGCCCUCAACCGCACCAAGUAUAUAUGAAAAAGUGGUUAAAUGGAAUUUUGUGCCUUUAAGGCCAUUUGCUUGGAGGAGAAGUGAACCAAGGUGUCACAAGCAUCUUGCAUGGGUUAUGUCACUCCCACCUUCACAGUUUUUCUUUGUUACUUUAGUUUCAGCAAUUUUCUUGAAAUAUUGGCAGAUAACCGAUGCCCUCAAAAAACCCAACAAAUCCCACUGCUCCUAAGUGAGAGAGACAGUUUACUUUUUAAUAUUUUUUGGAGGGGAGGGAGGGGGAGGGCCAGUAGUUUUAGCUGCUGUUUGUGGGAUAAAGUGGAAGGAUUUAGACAGACGUUACCUCCACUGUACCGUUACAGAAUGUUUAUCACCUUUGCUUUGUGGCCGUUCUCGUUUUAUACUGUAUGUACCUUGUAGCUUAUUGUAUUAGGAAGCAGAACAAUAAAUUUCACUAUAAACUCGGUGUUCUUGGUGGGCCGUGGAGCAUGGUUUUUGUUUGACAUUUUAAAUGUGGUCUGUGUUCACAUGUUGACAGUGCUCAGAACUGUCCUUACUUGGAAGAGGUGCUGUGCUCAUAUUCUGGAAUGUGUCCUGUCUUCUGGGUUUAUCACCUGCUCUUCUUCUCAUAGGCGGCUCCAUUAAAGGCCCCAGGUUUUGCUGGCCUUUAGGAGCCAUACCAUUCUCAUUCUUCCUGGAGAGCAGGAAUGAUCGUUAUUUUUUGGAUCCUAGUUUCUCAAUUAUAUCCAAUUUUCAUUACUACAUGAGUAUAAAUUUUAUUGGAUGGCUCUGAAAUACUCAAGGUAGUAAUGUAUGAAAAACAGUUUUUUAAUGGUCAACUUGAAAACAGGUACUGCAGGGUUCUCUGGAGGGCAGCCUAGAAAAUUCAGUUUGGUCUUACUAUGUCUUCUAGCCAACACUGAUCCCUAUCAGGGUAUUUCAUUCCAUUCCUAGGUCUACUCUCACAUAGAGAAACAUCAUUAAAAGAAGCAGCAAAGACCAAAAGCUAUACCCUUCUAUUCCUUUAAUAGAUGUGUUUAGCUUGCUAAAAAGGAUAAACGAAUAGCAGUCCACGCUAUUAAAACUAGUACAAAUUCUUCACAGAUGAUGGUGUACCACUUCUGCCACAGCAUCAGGUUUGCUAUGAAAACUUUCUUUUGUCCUCUCGGGCUUUGAAGCAAAUGCCUUGUGUUAACAGUGUUGUAAGCAGGCAAGGUGUUUAAAUCUGAAAAAAAAAUGCUGUUUUACUGGUGAGUUGGUUUAUUUUUCCCUAUUGAUCUUUAUGAGGGAAGAAAAUAGAGUCCUGAACUUCCUUCUCUGCUAUUAUUUGUUGCUCUGCUGAGUGAUUACAUUGCGGUUUGCAUCUAGGUUGGCAAAUCAGCUAGUUCUGGUAUAGCAGUAGUUCGUGCUGUUAAGGGAGAGCUGUGAUGCUAAUAGAUGGUUUUGUUUGCCAUUCUAAUGUUCUUGGUUUAUUGAAUGUCUCUCAGCCUUGUCUGUGGUGCAUGAUUGAAAGUCCUUUGGUAAAAGAAGCGAAUAGCUGAGCUUGUGUUAUGCCCUGAAUGUGUUUAAUACAAGAAAAUCAACCUCCCUAAAUGCAGUGGUUUUAAAAUGGAAGGUAAUAAAUAUGCAUUUUCUGUGUAUGCAUACCAUUAUGUAGCAUCUAUACUUUACUUUUUAAAUGUAGCUAAGUACUCUGAAUUCUGAUUGAUAAUUGUUGACAAAGGGAAACUAAUAGUUAACAAGAAAAAUCAGUGUUGUGUGUUGCUGUGGAAAUCAUGCAAGCUUCACUUCAGAGAAGAUACUCUCUCAGGUACGUGUAAAAUUGGUUUUAGUCUAUCCUCAGUUGUCCAUAACAAAACUGGAGUUAUUGUGGCAUGCCCUUGGUAUGAGUUGGUGCUGUUUCUUGACUUUUAAGAAGGUUUUAGAUAACCAUUUAAGAUAAUGGUUUUGUCUGUAUUUUUGGUAAUGCACCCAAACUGGACCCUUUUCUAACAUUUUCCUUUCCAGGCUAAAUAAUAUUUCCGGAGCAUGUAAAUAGAUAGCAUGUGACAGAAUUGAUCAUAUUGUUUACUGUUUUUAACAAUUUUGAAAAUAAUUUUAGUAGAUAAUGCCCAGCGGGGUCACAUUGUUUAUUCUGUGGUGCAUGUGUAAUUAAGAGAGAUGAGUGGAGAAUGCACAUAAGGUUACACUUUGAGAACAGAGAGAAAAGGUAUCAGUCUUCAAGUUUAGGGCAGAAUUUCAGUUAUGAAAACAUAUUGCUGGAGACUGUCAGACUGUUUAAUCAGAACAGGCGGAAGGGCUUGGGGUUUUUUGUUGUUGUUUUCCUGUUUCCUUGGAGUUCAGAGCUUUUCCAUUUCUGUAGUACAGAAAUAUCAUUGUCAUAAUCUUUGUCAUUUGUUUCAGUUGGUCUGAAUGUUUCACAGGUCAGUCUUCAUCUGCUUGAUGGGAAUUGGCUCUCAGAGAAAAUAAUUUAUGUCAGAACUACAACCUGUAACAGAUUCUACAUACUCUAGUCCUUCAGUGAAUGAGGAAAUAGAGCAAAAAAGAAAAAUUAAUCAUUGCUGCUGACAGAACUGCAAAUAGCUAGGUAUUCCCAUGUUUGACUCAUAGUCAGGGGUUGGUGAUUAGUUAUUUUGCUUUUGUCUGGAAAACCCUUCUUUUCAGUAUCCAGUACGUUUUGAUCCUGAUUUAGUUCUUACUCGUCCUCUGCACACUGAUAAUGGCAGUAGAGUCUUUCACAGUGCUGAACAGAAAGAAUCCCCACGUUCAUUGAUGUCUAAAUAGGAAAAUAUGCAUCCGGUGCUCUUGGAUAAUGAUCCAUCUUUGAUCGUGCCAGAGAUUGUGCUAACUCUGAGUUGGACUGUUUCUGUGCAGUGCAUCACGUUUAAAAAUACAACUCUGAAAAAAACCAUCAGCUGCUGCAGAACGGAACUGCUGCCUCUUGAGCAAAGUUGACUGUUAAAACAGUAUUUUCUGUCGAUUACAAUUUCUUAUGGCACUUCAGUUUUUCUCAAGAUCGUCUGCUUUUUCAAGAAUAUUGAAACUUCAUGUCUCAUGGUAAAAGUACGUGUGCUUUUUGCAAGGGAAUGUGCAACCUUAGACAUGUGAUUAGAACUUAGUUGUCACCUUCAGUCACCUUGUGUUUUACUGUAGGAUUGCUCAUUAAGCAUGAUGGUCUGACUUCGGUAUGAAAGAGUGAAAAUAUAGCAUAGAAUAUUAUGUUGGUUCUGGAAAUGUCAUGAUUUUCUUUUUCUUAAAUGUUUACAGCAACAUAGAUAAACAACUUACCUUGCAUUAUUAAUUCCCAGUCUUUAGAAGGGAAGAAUUGGUGUUGGUACAAGUUAGAGUUUCUUUUUUCACCCGUCAGGUUGGGUUUGGUAUUUUCUGGGCUUUGCUUCAGUCAUCCUUGUGAACCCUGUCUAUUAAUUGUGCCUUGUCUGUCUGUUGGUGAACAAAAUACACUGUUGUUACUGUCUGUUUGUAAGGCAUUGUUUUAACUAUUUUCUGAAGCCUUUUAAUCCUGAACAACCAUUUAGAUACCAUGGGCAUCCUUUUAUAAAAGGGUUGAAUUGGAAAAGUAGGGUUGUACUAUUACACUGAAACAAAUAUAUUAACUUGUCCCCCAAAAGCCCACAUCUAAUCCAGUUGAAUAGUUAAAAAUUAGGAAGAAUCUUGCUUUGCAAGUCACGUUAGAAAGUAUUCUUCCUGCAGAAGAAUAGUCUGUUAUUACUGUGUUUUUGAAUGACAGAGAAGAACAUCAACUCACCAGCCAAAAGCAGUUUUCUCCCAAUUUAAGAUUUCAACAGCAUUGGAACACUCUGAGAAUCCUUUUCAAAGGCAUGAAGUAAUUCAGCCUGUGGGACAGCUUGUUGCCACCUGAAUAAGUUUAUUGUUACCAGAAGAAAAAAAUAUUCUUUAUCCAUAUCUUUCAUGCGGCUGCCAUGGUGAAUCGUUUCAUACUCUUCGGACACAAUUUCCCUUAGCAGGUUCUGCCAUUUUAUUAUUACUAUUGCUGCCACAAAAUUUUGGAAACCCAUAUAAUAUUCGACAGACCUUGGGACUUGAAGAAAACGUGGUUGAUCUGGGUUUGGAGGCCAAUAGUGCUUUUUGCUAUGAAGUUCCUAAUACCUCUGCCAGCGUUCAGCCAGCUGACUGGGAGCUGACUGAACUGAAACCCAGGAACUCUCCUGGAGCACUGUAGCUCAGCAUAUGUGGACUGGAAAGGGGAAGCAGAACUGGGAGUUUUCUUUGCCUGUGGAACAUUCACAUGGUCUGCAUCCUCAGGAAGCCAAAUACUGAUGGGUAUAUGGUUCUUUUUUCUGUACCUCUCUUCAUUAUUUAAUGUUUCCCACAUUACUUUUGGGAAGAGAGGUUUCAAUGCUGACCUUGAGGUCCACUGACAAUUUGGGACCCAGCUGCAUCAGGAGAACCUCCAUACUGUGAGAUAACAUACUUGGGAAGCAGAGGUGGCCGUCUCAGUUGAGAUCUGCACGUUUUGCAGCAUGAACUGUAAGUGAGUAAAAAGAUACUCAAUUUCUUACAACAUGGUGAUGUAAGACUCAUUAUACUUAUAGCAGAAAUGAGAAGAGAAAGGAAAGAAAUUGCCUAGAAUUUAAAAUACGAAUGGCACAAUUCUCUUUCUAUUUUGAGUUUCUAGGGCAAUCAUCUUUAUUCUCUCAUAAAACUUGAAUCAAGUUUUCUUUCUUUUCUUUUCUCCUGCCCAUCCAUUCUUACAGGUGCAAAUCAGAAUCCUUCCAACAAGUAAAGGAACACCGAGUAACUCUUCUGAUUUCUGCUCGAGCUCUAUCCCUUUCUUCUUCAUAGUGAAACUGUUCUCUUUCAUUCUUACUGUGGAGUGUUUCAGCAAUUAUGGUUCUGUUUCUACCACUUCUGAAUGUGCAUGGUACUGGAUCUGCAGCCUGGCGCCUUAAUUCUUCCUCAUGCAUGUAGGUUGGAAAACUGGUGAUGACAGUAUUUCAUUCAGGUGGAUUAUCACUUUCUAGCUGAUUAAUACUGUUUGGAAACAGAAUGUGCUCUUUUAUUCAUGAUUUUGCUUAAACCAGGUAAGCGCAAGUGCUGUUACCAAACAAAAAGUACAGCAAGUUACUGGAAAUGGAGGGACAAAGUGUUUUGAAGUCACUGAUGUUUUCCAUUCAGGUUUCUAGUCGAGAGGCUCUGGUCUCUUUGAAUUAUAGGAUUUAAGAUCUUAAUAUGCAAACCUUAAAGCUGCCUCGGUGGAAGUGGCAGUUUCACUUUUUCCUGAUAUUUUUUCUGAUGUGUAGAACUCUCAGAUGGAAUCUCAUUGGGAGGGGAGGCCUUUCCCUAGGGCUUGUGCUAUGGAGUGUCAGUCGUUCAAAUAUUUCUCCACACUGUUUCCCUUGUAUUGUGUCAAAAGUAUAGGUGAGCACGCUAAUAUAGAAAGCAUUUAAUCAUGAAAAAGCCUGUUAAGGGUGAUUUGAAAGUACUUGUUCAUUCUCUUAUAAGCACGAGCCAUAACAAGUUACAUGUAAACUGAAAAAUUGGCCAAAAAAAAAGAGAAUCUUUCAAAAACUAAGAUUUCUUCUGUUUAAAUCCUGUAGGAUGUUACUUUUCUUCUCUGGGGAUUAGCACAGAAAGGGAGCAGAGCUGCAGUUCUUCCCUGUUUCAGAUUGUAAAUGGCCUUAAAACACAAAAAAUCUAAAUACUUAUUGUGACAGGUAGGUAAUACAGACAAUGACUUUAAUUUGGCACUACACCGUAUGGGGGUGACAAGGUAUCUUAAGCAGCGUUUAAAAAUUACAUUUUUUUAUUCUGUUUUGGUAAGUCUGAUGCAGAUAGUAAUAAAAGUUUGGUUUGAUUGCUGUUGCUGAUCCAGGUAGGAGCCUUUGUACGUGUAGCUUCUGGGUUUUCAGAACACUGUAUUACUGUUUGAAGCAGAGAAAGCACAGCUUUACCAACAAACACACCUGCAUUGUUUUCUGAGCCUCUGUUGCUGCUCAGAACUCUUGUGCAGGCAAUGAGUCUUUACUGCUGUUUUUUAAGGUGUUUGUUUUUCUAUUUCCUUUGAACUGAAGUUGCCAAAUUCUUUCCUUUGAAGAAGACCCGCACAGAUCAACUUGUCUGGUAGCAGGUCUCAUUGUGCUCUUCAAUUAAAAUCUCACAGAAAUAAAAAAUUUUGAGGUAAUAAUAACCAGAUGGCACUAAAGCUUUGAUUUAGUGUUAGGAUUAAAUUGGAGAAAAUACAAAAGCUUGAAAUUGUUUCCACUGUAAUUAAAUUUUUGUGGUUUCGUAUUGCCCAAUACAGUUUUAAACCAUUAACUUCUACUUCAUGAAAGAAAAAAUCAUCUCUUUUCUAUGGAAAACAUUUCAGUGGAUUGACAUUGCACUAUUGUGUGGAGUAUCACUUGCAAGAUUUCGCGCUCCAUUGAACCUAUGUGCUGCAUAAAUAUGGAACAAGAUCUUUGAUGCCUCUCCUUAAGGCAAAAGAAAGUGAAACAGUCUUUUUAUAUCCUGCUAAAAAGCUUGACAACUGCUGACAUCUAAUGGAAAAUGGGAUUUAACUUACUAGUGGCUGAUUUUUGAUUGUAGAGUCUUUAAAUGUAGCAAAAAAUAAUUCUUCUGAAGCCUUCCAAGAUUUCUUAUUGAAUCUUGCUUUUUUCCUCUUGGAAUGAAGAAAAAUAAGGAUAAAUAUCCAAACCAAAGCACCAAAGAUUCUUCUGACAGAAGAACCUGCUGACUUCGCUCUGGCUAAGAGAUCUCAGAAGCUUCACCAGAGACGAUACGGAGAUCUCUCACAAAGGAACAUACUUGAAGCUCUGGUGUGAAUGGUUCAAACAGGUUUGUGGGGUGUAUGAGGUAUUAUUGCACAUUUUGCAGUAGGUACUUUACAGUUAAGGAGGAAUGUGAAUACCCUUUUCCAAGGAGUUUAUAAUCUACAUAUUCCUUUAUUAGGAAUAUAAUGAUUUGUAUCUCCUUUCCCUUCUCCCAGCAGGCAGAGAGAAUCUGCUGUAAGGCUGAAGGGAUGGUCCUGAAGUAAACUUGGGUAUAAACUUCCUCAUUUUCACGUAAAACUCUGUUAUAGCUUCAUUGCAAUAUAUAUGUUUCAGAUGUAACUUGAGAAGAAUAUUCAGCAAUUUAUCUACAAAUCUGUUUGGGAGAGGCACUAACAUGGUGAGUAUGCUGCACUGCUAGUAGUAUGUGACCAGUGCACCUCUGUACCUCCUACUUGAAGAUGAACUUGGAGCAGAACAAAAAUCUGACUAAAAAGCUAUGUGACUGCUUGGCUUUGGGUCAGUGUGGGGAAUUGAUGAAACCUGUGACGUUCAGGAAUAAAUAUUUCUCCAUCACCUCCUUUGUCAGUUGUGUCCCAGUACUGGCUUGUAGGGGGUUGUCUCGGUCCUGUGGAUUUCCAUCCUUCCCUUGUCCAUACGCUAGACUUACAGUGUGCUACGGUGGAGGGAAGGACUAUCCAUAAGUUCAGACUGGCACGAUUUACGUUUUGCCAAAUGCAAAAAUGCUGACCAUACCAUGUUGUCACUUUGCGCCCUGUUUUGAUAGUUUCUUGGAUUCCGCAUCUAGAUCCGUCUUGAAUUUCAUUUGAAAAGCCACAGUUGUCCAGAGAAUCUCUCUGUCAGGGGCUGUUCUCCACUACACACUCUGGUGCAGCAGCAUCCGGUGCAUCAGAGUUUUGGAGAUGAGUUCCUCAACAGCGUCUGUUACAGCUGAGAAAUCUCAUAGAGGUUGUCCUUUGUGAAGGAGUAGCGCAAAAUUUAUCUCUUCGUUCAGACAUUUCUUCUCAGCAUCUGACUUUUUUGGUGCUAAGUUCCAUAAAUAGAAAAUAUGGGUGCUGUGGUCAUGGACAGUUGUUUACCCUUCCCAGUGAAAUGGAACUUCAGAAAUCCACAUUACUUAUAAAUCUGGCCAAUUGAUGUGAGGCUUGGUGAUGAGGUGACUAUGUUUUUGCAGGAGUGUAAUUUAUGUGUGUUCUUCGUCUGGGUGUUUUUAUUCAUUUGAUUGAUUCCAAAUGUCAUUGCCUUGGAAAAUACUCUCUCUGCAGCAGUUCCAUAUCAGUCUCUUAUUUAGAUGAAUGCUUUAGGUUGAGACUUGGGUAUAUUAGUUCUUCCAGUUUAGGAGAUUUACCUUUCUAAGAUAAAGAUGUGUAGCUUAUCUCUUAUAGUACACAUUGAUUUUUCCUUUUCAGGACUGUUGUGGCGUUUCCUUUUAUCUUAAUUUGUCCUUGGCUGCACGCGUCAAGAUGAGGGAAAUCUAAUUUCAACAAUGGAAGCGACUUGUUAGCCUCGGUGUACGGGAGAGAUGAAUAAUGUACUUCUCUCCUUGUGAUAAUUAACCUAAUGGGCGUGGGUUUUUUUCUUUGUUUUCUAGCACAGGUCAUAAACAGAUGUGUAACGUACCUCAUAUGUAUAUUAUAGAAAAUUUGAAUAAAUGUGUGAUGCUGCAAUCAGUUUCCUUUAUGUUUAGUUUCCAGCUGGAUUAGUCCAGUCCAGCAGGGAUUUGAGACCUGUACGUGGCCUUUGGAGCAUUCUGCACAGCUAUAUUUCAAGUUUCAGUCUUUGCUGUGAUUUUUUUUCUUUUCCCCCUGUGUAUUUGUGUCAAGUAGUAUAGACCUGGUGAAUACAGAGUUCAGAAUGUACAGAUGGAGACUGUGUACUGUAGAAGCGUUGUUAACUUUCUGCUAAGCGUUGUUAACUUUGUAGGUUGCUUUCUUUUUGUUAAUAUUUUUUUUAAUAUUACUGCUUUUAUUGUUCACUACCUUUGAUAAACCAGCUGUGGAGAAGACCGACCCCUGGAAAUAAUGGCACUAAAAUGGCAUUGAGUUCAGUCCUUAACGUUGUUAAAAUAUUUUACAAAUACCUGGUUGGCAUCUUCCCUGGCAAAAAGGAUAUAGAUUAGCAGCAAAAUCAUGAUUGGACACUAUUCUAGGGAAUUUUGGAAAGUAUAAAAGGGUAGAAAUAGGUUGCAAAAAAGCAAGAACUGGAAUUCAGCAUUCAGUGUCAGAUAUUUUUUUUUUUUUUGUUAACUUUAUAACUGUGAUAAAAGACAAAGGUUUUGAUAAUAGGAUAAUAUGUAAAAUGCUGCUUUUGGUGAUGUCAGGGAGAAAAAUGCUCAAUAGCAAUUCGGCACCGUAUUUUGACUUCCACUGUUACCAACUGGGAUUUUUUUUGUUUGGCUGCUUUUUUUUGCUGAUGUUGUGGAGUUUGGUUUAUUUUAAGAGCAGCUUUGCCUUUGGAAGGAGCAGCCUACCUCCGGCAGCGUCACUGACAUGUUGCCCUUGAACCCUAUGCACACAGGGAUUCCGUCCUGCACCCGGGAUGCGCCUGAGCCAAGCUCUGAACAGUUAAUGUGGAGCAGAUAAGCCCUGUCACCAGAGAGGGAUUGGCACAAAGAUGCACAUCUUCAGUGACGCUUCUCAGAAAUCACCUUCUAACUUCUCAUAGACAUAAUUAACUUGAUUUUUAUCUAGGGGUUUACCCUCAUGAGUCGGUUCUCUUCCGUUUUGCAGACAGGCUGGGGAGAUGCUACAUCUUAAUGCAGGAUGGUGGAUGAAUUGCGUGGGAUUUUGGACUGUUUAUGGUGUGGAUUCAUGUGCUGGGGCGCACUGAAUGUCAGAAGCCUACGCUGCGGUCGCAUGUAUGGAUAACAUACCUGUGUGCUGAAUCUUAACAGUGCGGAACUGAAUGUUCUGGCAGGAUUUUCCCAGUGCUACAGUUCUGUUUAAAUGUCUUACGGGGAAAACAGACAUUGGAGAGGUGUUUGCAUAAAGCCUUCCUCCCUGUUAAUCUCAGCACUCCUUUAUUUAUACAAGGAAUUAGGGCUACUGUAUGUAGGUCUUUCGUAUGUAGGGCCUGAUUUUUUUGUAACACAAUAUUUACUUUGUCAUUACUCCAUUACUUUUUUGGAUUUCUGUUCUACACCUGCAUGAAAUCAGAAUUACAUCUGCAAUACUUGCAUUUUAUCUAUCCUCUCCACCUUCCUCUCCCCCAGCUCUCUUAAUUGUUAUUUUGUUUGUCUGAGAGUCUUUUCUCAGCUUCAGCUUCCAGCGUGCAUUGUGGUGGUUUGGGUGUGGGGCUCUUCACUCUAUGGUUUAUUUCCAGUGGAAAAAGCCACUGAAUGCUUGCAAACUCACAGCCAUUCAAUAAUAUACUGAAUAAAGACAAUUGAACUGGCACCAGAAGACUUAGAGGAGAAGCUGUGUGAGAUGGUGAAUUGAGUUCUGCAAACGGCUGUAGUAGCAGGGUCCGUGGAUCGGUGGAGCAUGUGGCUGGGAUGGUGCAAGGGCCAGUCAUUUUUUCCAAAAAGACAUUUGGGACAUCACAUGCUGCUUUCAAGGUGAAAUCAGUGCCAUGCUCCUGAGGAACACCUUCCACACUGGUUCCAGUAUCGUUUGCAAAGAGAGGAGCUGCUCUACAAAGGAUUGCCACUGCCACUAAUGGCCAGAGGACAACUUAUGUGGAAAGAACAAGUGGAUGGCUCUGAGGCUGAUGGCUCUGGCUGAAAUUGACACAACAGGCCAUACAGUAAUAUUAAGAGAGGUAAGAUGGAGAUCUGAUGGUAACUGCCAAUCUACUGACUGACUAAGGCCUUAAUCUCCAUUAUUUGUUAAGAAACAGAUCUUGAUACUUGAAGGGAGGGUAUUCCCACAUAAAUGUUGGCCUAUGAUUCAUGGCACAGUCAAAAGCUAAACUUGCUUUUGCAUAACCAGUAAAUCUGGGGGAGAAUGGUCACAGAUGGUGGCGUGGUGACCUGAGUAAGUGAAUAAAUACCACAAGGAGGUGGUGGGCUUCACUGUAUUGAUGCAGCCAGACCGUAGGGUGUUAGCAGAGAACAGGAGAGCCACUGGUGUUCCCGAGUGUGUAAAGGAGAGAAAUGGCUAUUUUUUUGUCUGGAAUGCAAAGUGCAGAUUUACGGAAACAAGCUUACAGCAACUUGGGAGAGAGCAGAUGCUGUAGUUUUGUCUCAGCUAUUUGAGAGUUGACACGGCCACAGUUUCUUCGGCACCAAGAGGGUGCUCUGUGCCAUUGCAGCCUUCCCCACAGUAGCUGCUCAGGAGACACUGGUCCAAAGACAGUGGUCCUUCCAGUGUGAGGUGGCCCCUUCAAAAAAAA